AUGUCGCGUUCAUCAUCAUCCUCAACCAUCACCCUCGUCCCGUCCACCCCACCUGCGGCCAAGGACCACUUGUUCCUCGAGUCUCCCAUUACGCCACCUCCGCACGCAUGUCUCGACUUGGCGGCUAUCAAGGUGGCCAGACCCAUCAAGGCUCAGCUCUCGAGGGCCCUGGCGACGCUCGACCGCCCUCUCCGCAUUGUCGGUCUGCUCGCCACCGCCGACUCGGGGUGCCACAUGUACGCCGACAUGACUGCUCGAGCGUGCAAGGCCGCCGAAGUUGUGUUUGACAAGGUUGACAUCUCGGCAUGUCGCGAGCUCGAAGACGACGAGGCAUUCGACAAGGUCCGCUCAGCUAUCGAGGAGCUCAACAAUGACCUCUCUGUGGACGGCCUCAUCGUCUACUUCCCCCUCUUCACUCCCGAGCGCGACGCCACUCUUCGUGAACUCAUCCACCCCCGCAUCGACGUCGAAGGUGUCCACCCCACCUCCCUUGAGCGCUCGUAUUCGCAGGCACCACAAACCGUCGAGGAGCUCACUGCCGACCCCGCGACGGGAACGGUCUACCCAUGCACGGCGCUGGCCGUUGUGCGUGCCCUCCAGGCUCCCGAGGCCGGAGUCUACUCGCCCGAACUCCCUGUCGGUGAGCGUUUCCGCGGCAAGACGGUGACCGUUAUCAACCGCUCGGAGACCGUCGGUCGUCCUUUGGCCGGCAUGCUCGCCAACGACGGCGCCCGCGUGUUCUCAGUCGACAUUGACUCCACCCACAUUUACGAGCGCGCCUCCUCUGAAGACUGCUACACCGUCACUCCCUUCCCUUGCUCGCAAAACCCGACACUGUCAUCUCUCCUGGCCGAGAGCGACAUUGUCGUUUCCGCUGUCCCUGGUCAAUCGUUCAAAAUCCCCACGCGUGCCCUCCGCACAGAUGCAGUGUGCGUCGAUCUGUCUGAACGCGGCAACUAUGAGCCCGACGUCCGCGACCGUGCUGGCGUCUACGCCCCACGCCUGGGCUCGGUCACCAUCCUCAUGCUCAAGCUCAACGCACUGGUUCUCCGCGCCCAUUACAGCCAGUCGCUGUAG